ACGGUCUUACUAAAAAUAAGAUGGCCGAUGUGGAUGUCUUUAUCAGUAACUAUACCCUAGUGGAUCCCGAAAUAUAUCAGCUAUGGAUCGAAGGAUUCUCAUCCAGCGAGGCCGUGUCCUACCUGAAACAGAAGGGCUUCGGGCACUCAAUGGGGGCUCCCAGCGACCUGAUUGCCUCCGAUGUCCUGGACCACUACCGCACCUAUUCCCUGAUUGAGCUCUAUCUGAAUGCACCCACAAAGCUGAUGGAGCAGUCCUGUUUCCAGCUGGAGCCACAUAUGCGUGACCUAAUCACCGAAAAGUAUUACUCUAUCGAUGAUGUGGUGGCCCGCGAAAUACUCGGAAAGAAGCUGUCAUCCCGUUACCGCAAGGAUCUGGACGAGGUGGCCGAGAAGACGUGUGUCAAGCUGAAGUCGGUUCGCCGACAGUUUGACAACGUGAAGCGCAUAUUCAAGUCAGUGGAGGAGAUGCCGGGCACGCUGACAAACAAUAUAAAGCAGCAUUUCUUCAUAUCCACUGAUCUCGCCAAAAAGUACGCCUGCAUUGUUUUUCUGGCCUGCCUGCGUUUUGAAACCACAAAAAAGAAGCUGCAAUACCUGAGUUUCAGCGAUUUGUUGACCUGCUCCCAUGCCAUUAUGAUCUACUGGACCUACACUUACCAGCACACUGGCCCGGAAUACUACGACACCGAAAUGGACAAGGAGUUCCUGCUGGAUUUGAGGGAAUUGCGUUGUUUACUGGAUAAAGAAAAGGAAAUUAAACACCUCGUCUGCAUGCGCCUCAAACCCGUUCUUCUGGAGCGCGCCUUUCACGAACUAGAUGGCAAUUUUAGAUCCUACUGGCGAGCUUUGAUCACAAUCGCCUGCAACUUGCACAGGAAUCGAGAGCUGCGCGAUCUAUUCGUCGAUCUCUGUGAGAAACUGAUUGAUCCUUGGCGGCAGAAUGGCUGGAAUCGCGAGCAAGUGAAUAAGUUCUUGGCUUCCAUAACGCAAAGCGUCUUGGAUCUGGAGAUUUCUAGAGACCAGGAGACCCGAUGUCUCUGGGAUCGCUACAUGCAGGUCAUAACGAUAUGCUUGGAUAAAAUGUAUCACAUUUAAGCUGUGAUUGAGCUUAGGAACGACUUUAAAUAGUACUUAGUAGUUUAGUUGUGUUUGUUUCGAUUUGUGUUGAUUUUUAUAUGACAUGCCAUUGUGCAAUACCCAAAUAUAAAAGAGAUCAUAAGAAAUAAUA